AUGGACAAGCAAGUCGACUGGGCCGAGAUUCUCCUACAAAUUUCAUCCGUUCCCCGGACAAAGUCGCAACUGGUGGAGAGUCUUCCACAUGUCCGUUUUGACCUGGGGGAAAUGUAUUCGGGUUCCAUCCCUGUGCGUGAAAAUGCUUCUCUGUUCUACAUUUUCCAGCCCAAGAUCGGAGAACCCUCCGACGAUCUCACAAUUUGGCUGAGUGGCGGGCCAGGAUGUAGUUCAAUGCAGGGGUUCUUGCAAGAGAACGGACGUUUUACUUGGGUACCCGGCACCUAUGAACCUGUUAUCAACCAGUAUUCAUGGGUUAACUUGACGAAUAUGUUAUGGGUCGACCAACCAGUUGGAACUGGGUUCUCGACUGGCACGCCUACUGCAACAACGGAAGAACAAAUCGCCGCCACCUUCGUCGAAUUCCUCCACAAAUUUGAAGAGCUGUAUAACAUCAAGAAUUUUCGAAUUUUCAUGAGUGGGGAGAGUUAUGCAGGUCGAUAUGUACCUUACAUAUCUGCUGCCAUGCUUGACAAGAAUGAUACAGAGCACUUCGAUAUCAGUGGGGCACUGAUGUAUGAUGCAUGCAUUGGCCAAUGGGAUUAUAUCCAAGCGGAACUCCCAGCUUACCCCUUUGUGCAGCAGCAUGCUGAACUAUUCAACUUCAAUCAAUCAUUCAUGGCACAGCUGGAAAGCACGUAUGAGCAAUGCGGUUACUUGGAGUAUUUUGACAAAUACCUGACCUAUCCGGCUUCUGAAGUGCAGCCGCCCAAAUACAUGAACUACUCCGAGUGUGACAUUUACAAUAUGAUUUAUAAUGAAGCUUACAAUCCAAAUCCAUGCUGGAAUCCCGAACACGUCAACCAAAUGUGUCCCCUGUUAUGGGAUGUCUUGGGCAUGCCCACAGAUCUUACCUACGAACCGAGCCAUACAACAUACUUCAACCGCGCGGAUGUCAAGCGGGCCCUGCAUGUCCCUGAGAAUGUCGAGUGGGAGCUCUGCAGUUCCGAAAGCGUGUUUGUAGGCACCAACCCGGGCCCCGAGCAACAAUAUGAUGAGUCUGCGAAUCCGACCGAGCAUGUGCUUCCCCGAGUCAUCGAGGCGACGAAUCGGGUCCUGGUUUCAAAUGGUGACUGGGACUAUUUGAUUAUAACCAACGGAACACUGAUAGCAAUCCAAAAUAUGACCUGGAAUGGGGAGCUCGGAUUUCAGACGCGUCCCACAACUCCAAUCUAUAUUGAUAUGCCCGACCUGCAAUGGUCGUCGAUCUUUGAUGCCCAAGAAGGGUACGGGUCUCUUGAUGGUCCGCAAGGACUGAUGGGAAUCCAGCAUUAUGAGCGCGGGUUGAUGUUUGCAGAGACAUUCCAGGCAGGCCAUCGACAAUCACAGGAUCAAGGUCGGGUGUCCUAUCGCCACGUCCAGUGGUUGUUGGGUAACGAUGAUUAUCUGUGA